CUGAACCAGAGGUCCAUGAUGAAGAUCCCCUCGCACAAGCUUUCUCUCGUACUCUCGACGCGACCACCAACGGCUUUUCGAUUCUCCAACUCCUCAAAAUGUUCAUUCCCAUCUUCCGUCUGAUCACAUUCGAUACUCGGACCCGUAUCAAUGCCAAAUCCAGAGGCAUCGUCCACAGAAUCGGAAACGAGAUUGUGGCCGAACGCAAGCAGGCAAUAUCCGAGGAGAAGAAUAGCGGCAGCAAUCAAUCAACUGGCGCAAAAGAUCUUUUGACAUUGUUGAUCAAAGCCAACUUGGCCGACAGUGGCACAGAUCGAAGGUUGUCCGACGAGGAGGUCAUGAGCCAGAUACCCACCUUCUUCAUCGCGGGACACGAGACAACUUCGACUUCGACGGCAUGGGCACUCGUCUCGCUCGCGUGCGACCCUGCCAUCCAAGACAAGCUCCGGGCAGAGCUACUCGAGGUACCUACGGACCGCCCGACGAUGGAAGAACUUAAUUCGUUGUCUUAUAUGGAUAUGGUUGUCCGGGAGACGUUAAGGUAUCACGCUGUCGUGAAUGAAACCGUGCGUGUUGUGGCGGAGGACGACGUGAUUCCGUUCGAAAAGCCAUUCGAGGACAAGGUGAAAAAAGGGGAUGGGAUUCUCAUUCCGAUCCGAGUGAUGAACACAUUGCCAGAAAUAUGGGGUCCAGAUUCUGAAGAGUUCAAGUGUGUUGACACCGUUUCCCUGCUUUCUAACUG